AUGAUUUGCGUUUACAUGCUGUCGGGCGAGAAGGCCGCGUCCCUGUCGCAUGGCGAGGUGGUCUCUGCACAAAGUGACACAGUGGAAGCCCUCAAACGACAUUUGGGAAAGAAGGUUGGUGUCCCGUGGCUUCGGCAAAGGUUGCUCUGCAAGGGUGAGCUGCUGCGGGACGAUGAGCCGUUGACAAGACUGGACACUCCGGCGGACUUAGAACUCUUGGUGGUGCCAUGCGGUCCGCCAGAACGGGAGCAAGUGCGGAAGCUGAUGCGUGCGGCGCGCGAGGGAGCUGUCUCAGAUCUGCAGCAGCUGCUGCGCCAUCCUCUGGACCCAGAUUCCAGGGACGGUCCUGGUGACAGCACCCCUCUGCAAAUCGCAUCCUCGGUGGGCCAUCUUGAUGCUGUCCGACUGCUGUUGGAGGCUGGUGCCGACAAGGACCACGGUUGCGGCGAGACUCCCCUCCUUUUGGCGGCGGCGAACGGCCAUGUAGAGAUCGUGCAGCUGCUGGUCGAGGCCGGUGCGGACCUCGAGAAGACCAGGGCUCUAGGCGCCUCAGCGCUUUGGAUUGCCUGCUCAAGGGGCCACAGCAAGAUCGUGAAGCUGCUUCUGGAGGCCGGAAGCAACAAGAACAAGGUGGACACGAAAGGCUCCUCCCCGCUGUGGAUUGCCUGCGCCAAGGGCCACUUGGAGGUUGCCCGGCUGCUGAUUCAAGCAGGGGCUCAGAAGGAGAGGGCCAACAUCCUCUCCGAAUCACCUCUCUGGAAAGCCGCGGAGAUGGGCCAUGCCCAGAUUGCGCAGCAUCUCCUUCAGGCAGGUGUGGAGAAGGAUCGCGCAGAUGCUCGCGGAGCAUCGCCCCUAUGGAUUGCCUCAGCCAAAGGCCACCUGUCCAUUGUGCGUAUGCUGCGCGAAGCCGGUGCAGAUCACAACAAGCCAAACACGCGAGGUGCUACCCCACUGUGGAUUGCCUCGCAGAACAAGCGCCACGAGGUCAUGAAGGUCUUAAGCUGCUAG